AUGACCGCCAUCUGCGCCCGCCAGCUCCCCCGAGCCGUCGUCCGAGCGCAUCACCCCCGUCCGCUCCGACCUGCGUCCGCCCGCUUAUCGCUUCAAUCGCGCAGCUUCUCUUCUUCGAUGCCCUUCCUCGAACAACAUUUCCAUCGAAAAGAGUCUUUCAGAUCGCGGCUGAACUCGGCGCUCAAGAAUACCAAGAUAAAAUGGGAGCCCAUUCCCAUCGCCCUCGGCGUCGGCUUUCUCGGAGUAUGGCAACUUUAUCGUAUCCAGCGGAGGGAGAAGCAUACACAAAGAGAGGCGGAUAAGGAUGAAGUUGUGUUGGAUCAACAGGGGCGCCCGAAGAAGCGCGAAAAGAUACGGCCAAGCGGGCCUUGGACCGUCCAAAUCAUGUCCACGCUGCCAUUGAAGGCGCUCUCGCGGUUAUGGGGUCGCUUCAACGAGCUGGACAUUCCCUACUACCUCCGUGUCCCCGGCUUCAAGCUCUACUCGUUCAUCUUCGGUGUCAACCUCUCCGAAGUGUCAGAGCCGGACCUCCAUGUCUACCCCAACUUAGCCGCCUUCUUUUACCGCACCCUCAAGCCCGGCGUGCGGCCUCUUGAUCCCAAUCCCAACGCCGUCCUCUCCCCCGCCGACGGCAAGGUCAUCCAGUUUGGCACAAUCGAGCAUGGCGAAGUAGAGCAGGUCAAGGGUGUGACGUACAGCCUCGAUGCUCUCUUGGGCUCCAUACGGCCCACCUACAAAGGACCCGCCAUUGAAGCCGCCGCCGACGCGCGAGAACAGGCGAGCGACAAGCACACCAAAGCCGGCGAGGAGGAUAUCAUGCGAGCAGACGAGGAGUUUGCUCAGGUGAACGGCAUCUCAUACACGCUCCCCAACUUAUUCUCAGGCCCCUGGCCGAAGGAUAACAAACCUUCGGAAAUGCCUUCAGAUCAAGCGACAAAGCCGCAGCCAUCCUCUGAAGCUGAGGUGCGCGCUGAUCUUGCUUUGAGUGAGGCUAAACGUCCGUGGUGGGCUCCAGCGUCGGCGCAGACUCCGACUACUCUGUACUACUGCGUUAUAUAUCUCGCUCCCGGCGACUACCACCGCUUCCACUCGCCCGUUUCCUGGGUCGUAGAAAGCCGACGGCAUUUCGCUGGUGAACUGUACAGCGUAUCGCCCUAUCUGCAACGCACUAUGCCUGGCCUUUUCACUCUGAACGAGCGCGUUGUUCUGCUUGGUCGGUGGCGCUGGGGCUUCUUCUCAUACACACCCGUUGGCGCCACAAACGUCGGCUCCAUCAAGAUCAACUUCGAUCGCGAACUCCGCACCAAUUCCCUCACCACCGACACCGCCGCCGACCGCGCCGCUGAAGAGGCAGCUGCGCGCGGCGAACCAUACUCCGGCUUUGCCGAAGCAACGUACGAGAACGCGAGCCGGGUACUCGGCGGACACGCAUUGAAGCGAGGGGAAGAAAUGGGCGGGUUUCAGCUAGGCAGUACCAUCGUCCUGGUCUUUGAAGCGCCGAAGGGUGUCAGACCAAGUUUAGACGAGGGAUAUAAGGGCGAGCGGAAGGGCGGGUUCCGCUGGAAGAUCCACCAGGGGAAGAAGGUUAAGGUUGGCGAGGCGUUGGGGUAUGUGGAAGAGGCGUAG